GCAAGACUUCUGAUGCUCUCAAGAGACAGACUCUGCCCUUUUGAUUCAGCUGGCCAUACCAUGUAGACUGCCCUUGCGGGUCAGGCCUCAAGUUUUAAAAUAAAAUGGAUGAUCUGACGUUACUUGAUCUUCUGGAGUGCCCCGUGUGCUUUGAAAAGUUAGAUGUCACAGCCAAAGUCCUCCCUUGCCAGCACACCUUCUGCAAGCCAUGUCUACAGAGGAUUUUCAAGGCCCACAAGGAGCUGCGGUGUCCUGAAUGCCGGACCCUGGUGUUUUGCAGCGUCGAGGCACUGCCGGCCAACCUGCUGCUCGUGCGUCUUCUGGAUGGUGUGCGCUCUGGGCAGAGCCCAGGAAGAGGGGGCUCCUUCCGCAGGCCUGGCGUGCUGACCUUGCAGGACGGCAGGAAAAGCAGGACUAACUCCAGAGGUCUGCCAUCCAGCCCUUUCCGGCUGGUGCCUAAUAUCAGAAUCCACAUGGAUGGGGUGCCUCGAGCAAAGGCCUUAUGCAACUACCGAGGGCAAAAUCCUGGUGACCUCAAAUUUAAUAAGGGAGAUGUCAUCCUCCUCCGGAGACAGCUUGACGAGAACUGGUACCAGGGCGAGGUGAAUGGAGUCAGUGGCCUCUUCCCAGCCAGCUCUGUGGAAGUUAUCAAGCAGCUCCCCCAGCCACCCCCUCUCUGCCGGGCCCUCUACAACUUUGACCUUCGAGACAAGGACAAGAAUGAAAACCAGGACUGCCUGACCUUCCUCAAGGAUGACAUCAUCACGGUUAUUGGCCGAGUGGAUGAAAACUGGGCAGAAGGCAAGUUGGGAGAUAAAGUAGGCAUCUUCCCAAUUUUGUUUGUAGAGCCAAACCUCACAGCCAGACACCUCCUGGAGAAGUACAAAAGCCGUCAGCCAUCCCACCCAAAAAGCCUCUCCUUGGUGUCCUCUUCCUCCAGAGGCAAAGAGAUCAACACGCCCACCCUCCAAAGGGGCCCUGGGUCCAGGAGGAAGGUGCCUGGGCAGUUUUCCAUCACAACAGCCUUGAACACUCUCAACAAGAUGGUUCAUUCUCCCUCCGGGCGCCACAUGGUGGAAAUUAGCACCCCAGUGCUCAUCAGCUCCAGCAACCCCUCUGUGAUCACCCAGCAGUUGGAGAAAGCGGAAGUUCCUUCCAGUUCUCUGGGGCAGGUCAGCACAUAUCACCCUGCGCCUGCCUCCCCAGGACAUUCCACAGCCAUCGUCAGCCUGCCCAGCUCCCAGCAACACCUCUCAGCUAACAUGUUUGUAGCUCAGCAUUCCUACUCAGCCCACGGACCCGACGAGCUGGAUCUGCAGAAGGGAGAAGGCAUCAGGGUCCUGGGCAAGUACCAGGAUGGCUGGCUCAGAGGUGUCUCCUUGGUCACCGGGCGAGUCGGCAUCUUCCCCAAAAACUAUGUCAUCCCCAUUUUCAGAAAAACAUCUAGUUUUCCAGAUUCCCGGAGUCCUGGUCUCUAUGCCACAUGGACGCUCUCCACCUCCUCUGUGUCGUCUCAGGGCAGUUUUUCAGAAAGUGACCCUCGGCAGAGCCGCCCCUUCACGUCAGUCUUCGUGCCCACCGCCAUCGUGAACCCUGUGCGGAACAGCUCCGGCCUGGCUGGGCUGGGACAGGGCUCCCUCCGGAAAGGGCGGAGCAGCAUGAGAAAGAAUGGCUCCCUGCAGAGGCCUGUCCAGUCAGGGAUUCCCACUCUCAUGGUGGGCUCCCUCCGACGCAGCCCUACCAUGGUCGUUCGACCUCAGCAGUUCCAGUACUACCAGCCAUCCUCACCCUCAGCAGUGGUUACAGAGAUGGGACCCAAGCCUGCUCCCUCUGGGGACCCUGCCCUCACAUGUGUCAGUAGGGCCAGCGACUCCAGGAUCCACUCGGCUGCCAGUUCCCUCAUCAUGGAAAGCAAGGAAAUCCCCGUCAAGAGUGAGCCUCUGCCAAAACCACCUGCGUCAGCCCCACCGUCCAUCCUGGUGAAACCAGAAAACUCAAGAAAUGGCACUGAAAAGCAAGUCAAAACUGUGAGAUUUCAGAAUUACAGCCCUCCUCCUGUCAAACACAGCACCGCCCACCCCAGCUCCGGAAAACCUGAACAGCCAGCCACCCCUAAGGGGUCCCAGCCUGAAGCAGCCCCCUUGGGCCCAGAGAUGACAAUCCUAUUUGCCCACCGAAGUGGCUGCCACUCGGGACAGCAGACAGACCUCCGCAGGAAGACGACUUUUGGCAAAACCAUGACCCCGGUGUCCACUGCCUCAGCCACACAGACCAUGUUUCCCACUAAAUGAAUCUACAGGUGGCUUUUCCUAGACCCCAAAGAGACCCUGCCUUGGUAAUCU